CUUACCAGGAACAAUCUAUUAAUUAAACUAAAGUUAUUAAGUUUAAUGGAAAGGGUUGGCACGAAAAAAAUUGUAAAACUCCAGGGGCGGUCGACCCGACACCCGGCUCACGGACCGGCGUUUGUAGACUUCAAAUACAUACUAAACACAUCCCUGGAGAAUAUCACUUACAUCCCGACCCUAUAUUCCGCGGUAGGACUUUUGCACAGGUAUGUGAACCGACAGAUCACAGUGAUAAUUGUGUUGAUUAUGAUGAAUGUGUUCAACACACUGAUGCCAUUCUCGGAACACUUGUGGCAGUUAUACACCUGUGCUGUCAUACUGGGCAUAACUGCCGGCGCGUGGCUCACGGCCUACAACGUGUGGCUCAUCGAGAUAUGGCAGGAGAAGGCCGUCCGGGUAUUGCUAUUCUCGCAACUCAUGCACGGGUUGGGACAGUUCGCUGGCGAACAGCUCGACAGACCCUACCUGACCGGUGAACACACCAUAACUACCAGCGCUCCACCACUCAAUUCAACGGAAACUUCAUUACAAACAUUACUGAAUAACACAAUAUUCAACGCGACUAACGGUGCGAUGGAUUUGGAUGAGAGGCGCGCCAAACUGGUGGUGCCUUUUAUGGUGAGCGCCUGUAUCCAUAUAGUCGGUCCACUAAUGCUGUUCGUAAUGUUUCUCAUGAAACCAUACGUGAAAAUACAGCAGUACUACACCGUCGAUGAACAGCACCGGGAUGUGCGUCAAAUACCUGUCGUCACCGAUCGGCGAUUGUUAACCAAAGCUAUCAUUUGCGUCAGUUUAGGGACAAUACACUCAAUCGAUUCGCUAAUACCGGACUUCGCCGUCACAUACCUUCAGUACAUACCCGUCCGACUAUCGGCCUCUCGGGCCGCCUCCGUAACCUCUGCCAUAUCGGCCACAUAUACCGGCGCCCACCUCUUGGAACUGUUCGCCACAUUACUGUUUACGACCAAAACCAUAAUCCAAAUCCACUUCUCGAUCGCAUUCCUGGCCUUUAUUUCACUCAUAUUCUCGCAAAACAAUGAGACACUGGUCUGGAUCUCAAGCAUAGCCGUGGGCUUCGGUGUCUCCAUACUAUUCCCGGCGCUGUUAGCCUUUUUCGGCACAAUCAUCGACGUGACCGACCGCAUGGCCACCAGUAUAUGGCUCUCGUGGGGGUUCGUCUACUUCAUCCCGUCCCUCAUUUUAGGCCAUUUCAUAGAAGUGCACGCAUUUGUGUUCGUAGUCAUCGGUCUAAUGCUUAUCGCUAUUAGUUUUGCCGCUUUUCGUAUCGUUAUAUACCGGGAAAGCAAUUGA